UUGCGGGCGGUGAUGCCGGACGGAAGAAGCGGUGGCGUUAUUGUUUGUGAAAGAAAACCGGAGAGGGAAAGAGUUAAUGUUGUACAGAAUGUUUAUUUAAGUCGGAAUUUGCCUGUUUUUGUAUAUGUUUAAAAAGAUACUGCAGUAGUAAUAUGUUGAAUGUUUUUAUAUCGUAUUUAUACUGUUUUUUAAAUUUUCGGAACCGAAGCGUCUGCAGGCCGUAAAUAAGCCGCCACUCGUCGAGUUUAACAAUAACCGCACAGCAGUCUCCUCGUCUCGGGUAGCAUCUCUGGAUUAACCCCCGACAUUUUACUUUUAUAAAGAUAGACGUUUAGAGAUUUUUUUAAUAGAGAAAACGAUAAAUAAACUGUGUGCACAUUUGUCUGAUGGAGCCGCUUGACUAACAAAUUGAUGGAGGGGGUUUAACGUUUGUAUUUAAGAUUUUAUUUUGUAUAGUUGUUUUUAAAAUUAAUUUCUGUUACUGAGGAGAACACAAAGCAAACAAAAUGUCCAACGGUGAAGCAGGGAGCGGAGAACUGACUUGGGUGACCCUCUUUGAUAAUGAUAAGCAUGCUGCCAAAAAGGAAACUUAUACUGCGAAUGAUGGUGUCAAGAAGGAUGCUUCCAAGAAGAUGUCAGUGGAGCGAGUGUAUCAAAAGAAAACGCAGCUGGAGCACAUCUUACUCCGUCCAGAUACUUACAUCGGUUCUGUGGAACCACUAACUCAGCAAAUGUGGGUUUUCGAUGAAGAUGUCGGUAUGAAUUUAAGAGAGAUUACAUACGUUCCAGGGUUGUACAAGAUCUUUGAUGAAAUACUUGUUAAUGCAGCGGAUAAUAAACAGAGGGAUAAAAACAUGUCUUGUAUUAAAAUAACAAUUGAUCCAGAGUCCAACAUCAUCAGCAUUUGGAACAAUGGCAAAGGCAUUCCAGUUGUAGAACACAAAGAUGAAAAGAUGUAUGUUCCUGCUUUAAUCUUUGGACAGUUGUUAACAUCGAGCAACUAUGAUGAUGAUGAAAAGAAGGUUACAGGUGGCAGAAAUGGGUAUGGUGCAAAGCUUUGUAAUAUAUUCAGUACAAAGUUUACAGUGGAAACAGCAUGUAAGGAAUAUAAGCAUAGCUUCAAACAGACUUGGAUGAAUAAUAUGACGAAAACAAGUGAUCCAAAAAUAAAGUAUUUUGAUGGGGAUGAUUACACCUGCAUUGUGUUCCAGCCAGAUCUAGCAAAAUUUAAGAUGGAAAAAUUAGAUAGAGAUAUAGUUGCUCUCCUCACAAGAAGAGCAUAUGAUGUUGCUGGCUCUUGUAAAGGGAUCAAAGUCAUUUUGAAUGGAAAAAAAUUACCGGUUAAUAGUUUUCGAAGUUACGUAGACCUAUACGUAAAAGACAAACUGGAUGAGACCGGUGUUGCAUUGAAGGUGGUAAAUGAAGCUGUGAAUGACAGAUGGGAAGUCUGUCUCACAAUGAGUGAGAAAGGCUUUCAACAAAUAAGCUUUGUAAAUAGCAUUGCUACCACAAAGGGUGGUAGACACAUUGAUUAUGUUGUUGAUCAGAUAGUCAGUAAACUAAUUGAAGUUGUGAAAAAGAAGAAUAAAGCAGGAGUUUCAGUGAAACCCUUUCAGGUCAAAAAUCACAUUUGGGUUUUUGUAAAUGCACUAAUUGAAAAUCCAACCUUUGAUUCUCAAACAAAGGAGAACAUGACUCUUCAGACCAAAAGCUUUGGGUCCAAAUGCGUACUUUCAGAAAAGUUUGUUAGAGCUGCAACCAACUGUGGUAUCGUUGAAAGUAUCCUCAACUGGGUUAAAUUUAAAGCCCAGACACAACUGAACAAAAAGUGUUCUUCUGUAAAAUAUAGCAAAAUUAAAGGCAUUCCAAAACUGGAUGAUGCAAAUGAUGCAGGUGGUAAACAUUCUUCUGAUUGCACUCUGAUUCUAACUGAAGGAGACUCUGCCAAAUCUCUAGCUGUUUCUGGUUUGGCAGUAAUUGGCCGUGAUCGUUAUGGAGUUUUUCCGCUUCGGGGUAAAAUCCUUAAUGUUCGUGAAGCAUCCCACAAACAGAUAAUGGAAAAUGCAGAAAUCAACAACAUUAUUAAGAUUGUUGGUCUGCAAUAUAAGAAAAGCUAUGAUGAUGCUGAAUCUUUAAGAACCUUGCGCUAUGGAAAGGUUAUGAUUAUGACAGAUCAGGAUCAAGAUGGUUCACACAUAAAAGGUUUACUCAUCAACUUCUUUCAUCACAAUUGGCCGUCUUUGCUUAGGCACAGCUUUCUGGAAGAGUUCAUCACACCAAUUGUGAAGGCAACCAAAAAUAAACAAGAAAUAGCUUUCUACAGCAUACCUGAAUUUGAUGAAUGGAAAAAGCAAACAGAAAACUACAAAACAUGGCAUAUAAAGUAUUACAAAGGUCUGGGUACCAGUACUGGGAAAGAAGCCAAGGAAUAUUUUGCUGAUAUGGACAGACACAGGAUUACGUUUAAAUAUGCAGGGCCUGAAGAUGAUGCUGCCAUUACUUUGGCUUUUAGUAAAAAGAAAACCGAUGACAGAAAGGAAUGGUUAACAAAUUUCAUGGAAGACAGACGGCAACGAAGGAUGCAUGGUUUGCCAGAGCAAUACCUAUAUGGUACUCAAACAAAAUACUUGUCUUAUAAUGACUUCAUUAACAAGGAAUUGAUUUUAUUCUCAAAUUCUGACAAUGAAAGGUCGAUUCCUUCUCUGGUUGAUGGUUUGAAGCCUGGACAAAGAAAAGUUUUGUUCACAUGCCUUAAAAGAAAUGAUAAACGAGAAGUCAAAGUUGCUCAGUUAGCUGGAUCAGUGGCGGAAAUGUCGGCAUAUCAUCAUGGUGAGCAAGCACUGAUGAUGACCAUUGUGAACUUGGCCCAAAACUUUGUUGGAAGCAACAAUAUUAAUAUUCUUCAGCCCCUUGGUCAGUUUGGUACUAGGAUUAAUGGAGGCAAGGAUGCUGCCAGUCCUCGUUACAUUUUCACUUUACUAAGUCCUUUGGCACGAUUGCUUUUUCCGAGUGUAGAUUCAAAUCUGCUAAAAUUCCUGUAUGAUGAUAACCAGAAAGUUGAACCUGAAUGGUACAUUCCAAUUAUACCUAUGGUGCUUGUAAAUGGAGCUGAAGGUAUUGGAACAGGUUGGGCUUGUAAGAUUCCUAACUAUGACUCAAGGGAGAUAGUAAACAACAUCAAUCGAAUGCUUGAUAACCAGGACCCCCUUCCUAUGCUUCCUAGUUAUAAGAACUUUAGAGGCACUAUCCAAGAAAUUGGUCAGAAUCAGUAUAUGGUCAGCGGAGAAAUCUUUGUGGUGGACAAAAAUACCGUUGAAAUCACAGAACUUCCUAUAAGAACCUGGACACAGACAUACAAAGAGCAGGUUCUUGAGCCAAUGCUAACUGGAAGUGAGAAGACACCAGCAUUAAUAAAUGAUUACAAAGAGUACCAUACAGAUACUACUGUUAAAUUUGUGGUCCGGAUGAGUGAAGAAAAAUUAGCACAAGCAGAAGCUGUGGGCCUACACAAAGUAUUUAAGCUGCAGUCAUCGUUAACUUGUAACUCUAUGGUACUAUUUGACCAUAUGGGUUGUUUGAAGAAAUAUGAAACUGUGCAAGAUAUUCUGAAAGAAUUCUUUGAGCUCAGGUUACAUUAUUAUAAGCUGAGAAAAGACUGGCUUGUAGGAAUGCUAGGAGCAGAGUCUGCAAAGCUGUCCAAUCAGGCACGUUUUGUUCUUGAGAAGAUAGAGGGGAAAAUCUCUAUUGAAAAUAAAUCAAAGAGGGAUCUUUUGAAAAUGCUAGUCCAGAGAGGUUAUGAAUCUGAUCCUGUGGUAGCUUGGAGCAAGGCACAAGAAAAGACAUCAGAAGAGGAUGAAAUGGAUAAUGAUGAUGAUGAUAGCUCUGUUGAUUCAGGUUCUUCUGGUCCAAAUUUUAACUACAUUCUUAAUAUGCCUUUGUGGUGCCUCACUAAAGAAAAAGUAGAGGAGCUUUUAAAACAGAGAGAUGCUAAGAAACACGAACUUGAUAUCCUACAAAGAAAAUCACCAUCUGAUCUUUGGAAAGAGGAUUUAGCAGCAUUUGCUGAAGAGCUUGAUCGAGUUGAAGCUCUAGAAAGAGAAGAAGUAAAUGCUGGAAAAAGUGGCAAAUUAGUGAAGGGAAAAGUAGGCAAACCAAAAAUGAAGAAGUUACAGCUUGAAGAGACUCUGCCUUCACCAUAUGGACGCAGAGUUGAGCCACAAAUUACCCAGGCUGUGAAAUUAGAUGCCUCGAAGAAAAUGACAAAAAAGAAAAAGGGAGACUUGGAUCCUUCAGCAAUUAAAUUGGAGUUUGAUGAACUGGGUGUUACAGAAGAGGGAGGUACAGAGAAUUCACUAACUACAUCUGUAGUAAAAGCCAAGACCCCUCGUGUAAAGAGAGAAAAGAAGGAGCCAGGUACUCCAAGGGCUAAGAAAGCUCCUGGUGCUAAAGGACCUGCAAAGAAGAUUAAAAAGAGGAAUCCUUGGUCAGAUGAUGAUUCCAAAUCAGACAGCGAAUUUGAUGAUGCAGAACACGUGGUAAUUCCACGUGAUCCUAAAUCACAGAGAUUAUCAGCUUCGAAACCAAAAUAUACUUUUGAUUUCUCAGAAGAUGAGGAUGAAGAAGAAGAUGAGGAUGAUGUUAGAAUUGUGUCUUCCCCAGUAAGAAGCUGCAAAGAUGAAGAUUUUGUAAUAUCUGAGAACAGAGAGCAAUGUGAGGAUGAAGAUGACUUCCCUUCAACCAAGUCUAUAUCUCUAACACAAUCACCAGUAGAGAAGAAUCAUGAACCAGCAAGUAUAUUUUCAACAAAAUCAUUUCAUUCUGAGAAAAGUAAUGAUAAUGAUGCACUUAAGUUUGACAGUGAUGAGGAAGACAGCACACCUGCUUUUUCAUCAUUAACUAGCUCUGUAGCUUUUGACAAACCAGCUCCUACCAAGAAAGCAAAGAAAACUUCAGAUGGAGCUGCCAAACCUAGAAAGCCACCAAAGCCAAAAAAGACAGAAGCUACACUUUGGGAUUCCGAUUUGGACAGUAGUGUUCCUAAGCCAUCUGCUACAUCUAAAGGUACUGGUAAGUGUCGAGGAAGAAAGCGAAAAAUGUCUGGAUCUGAAGAUGAAGAUGAAUAUAGUCCCACUAAAAAACCUGGAAAGUCUUACUCGAACAAGAAAUUGAAGAAAACAGUAUCUGAAGAAUUUGACUUUGACACAGACUGCUUCAGCAGCAGGGUAGAAACCUCAAGGGAAAGGCCUGGCCGAGCCAAGAAGGAAGUAAAAUAUUUUGCAGAGUCAGAUGAUGACGAUUUUGACAUAUUUGAUUAGGUGCUGCAAACACCAAAACAUUUUCAGUAACUCGCAUUCUCAAGUGGAAUAUCUCCUUUGUCUUUCUGUCUUGCAGAAUUUUGUACAUUUUGCUCAUUUUUGUGAUGAUGGUCUUAAUGGUUUUUACUGUGUUUAGGUGUUACACUUUUUAUUAUAAUUAUUAUACAUAUGCAGUUUUUCUUUUUAUUUUUUUAUCAUUGAAAUGUCAUGUAUUUGUCUGGUCGGCUUUUAGAAUUUUAGACUGCUUGUGCUAAAGCACAUUUUAAUUAAGAUGAAAUUGUAAACCUACUUUUUUGAAUUGACCUUGAAGUAAACAAACAUUAAGAACUGUAAGAAGUGUUUGGACUUUGAUUCUUAAAUUUUAUUUUUAUUCUUUUCAUGCUUUGUAACUGUUAAUGUGACUGAAAUAUUUGAUUUAUUUAAUUCAUUAUGGUUUAAUGUUUACUGUAAACUAGAGCUGUACAGGUGAGGUUUGUUAAACAUAAAUUCCUUACUAGUUUUACUGAAACAAGUGGGAAAAAAUACAUUUUCUACCCAUAUAAUUAAGGACUAUUUAGUAAAAAUAUUAGUUAGUAAAGGUAGUUAGUUGGGCAUAUUUAGUAAAUUAAUUCUAGAGCGACAUUUGCAAACAUUUUCCAUUUUUAUCACUAAAAUGAUUUAACUUGCUGGAAUUUAUUAAAUUUGUGAAUAUAGAUUGUCAAAAAGAACAGUUUUUUAUUUUAUUUUAUUUUUUAUUUUUUUUUUUUUUAAUCCUACAGUAAAAUUUACCCGGUGAAACUAAAUCUACUACAUGUGCCUAAUUGUUAAUCCAGCCAUCUCAUUCUGUGUUGAUUUAAAUUCUUCCAGGAUAUCUGAUCUUCUUUAAAUGUCCUCCAAAAUGUGAAUAACUAGAUAACUUGUGAAGUAAACAAUUUAUACAGUUAAGUUGUCACCACCUUCAACUUUUGCCUUUAAGAUUAAAUUCUUUCCCUUUAAAAUACA